AGUAUGCGCCUGCGCAUUCGGUUUUCCACAUAGCUCCACAACUAGAAGUACUUUUCUGUUAAACCCAAAACAGAGAGCGAAAAUAUUUGAUGUAAAGCUGCAUUCUUGCUUUAAAUAUAUAUUUUUUUAGCAUGGCCAGAUAUUUGAGACCUCCAAAUACAUCUCUUUUCAUCAGAAACAUUUCCGAUGAAUCCAGAAAAUGUAAAGGCAUCCAGUUGUUGUGGAGCCUGGAGAAAGAGUAAGAAUGUCCGGUGUAGAGUAGAUCUAAAGACAAGCAGCAAAAGACCGCCAGGAUGCAAGAAACAGAGAGAGGGAAAGGUUGAAAGAGAAUUUAAAGCUUGAAGAGACAAAGAGGAAAAAGAGGGGACGGAGUCAAGGCUUGGAUAUGUCAUCAAAAGAAAGAGGAAAAGGGAAGAGAUUAAAGGGCAAAGACAAGCACGAAACCCAAGUUCUUCUGGGAGGCGAUUAAAGAGCUUAAAGAUCAAGAUGAAAGUCAAAGUCAAGCAUGUUUAAGGUAACAAACCUGAAUUAUUUUUUUGAAGAUGUGCGCGACGCUGAAGAUGCUCUUCACAACCUGGACAGGAAGUGGGUGUGUGGCCGACAGAUUGAAAUCCAGUUUGCGCAGGGAGACCGAAAGACACCCAAUCAGAUGAAAGGAAAGGAGGGGGGAUCUUCGCGCAGCUCUUCGCGGCAUGAUGAUCGAGAUUAUGAUCGGGACAGUCGUCGUAGGCACUCUCGCAGCCGUAGCUACCAAAGACGCAGGUCACGCAGCCCAUCCUACGAUCACCGGCCCAGACGCUCUGAGAGUCCCAGAGACUCCCAUGGAAGGAUGUACGGUGGUAGAGGAAGAAGCAGGAGUCCGGAAAACGACCGGCACCGACCCCACCCACGUGACCACCGACGACCCCCCCCUGUGCAUUCCCCUCACAGCCAAUCCCGCUCCCCUUCUCACUCCAGAUCCAGGCCCAGGGCCCAGAGGGAGUCCAGAGGAAAGUCUCGUUCCCGCUCUAAGUCCCUGAGCCCACGAGGUGGCGACUUCCACCCAGCAUCCGGUGGCUAUGAGCCACAGGACGAUGCGUCGUCUCGUAUGCAAUCCCGGUCCCGCUCGCAUUCUCGCUCCCUCUCACGGUCCCGUUCUCGCUCCAGGUCCUGGACAGGGCGCAAGUCAGGGGGACACUAAAACAUGUUUGUUGGAUCCUUUUGACUGUAGUUGUGUCCAAAAUGGCUUGCUGGAUAAUUGAAUGUUCAUGGCACGGUUGUUGGUUGGUUUGUGAAAAUGAUCUUCCUUUGUAGUUUUUUGCUUCUUUUUUGUUGUUGUUUUUUAAUGGAUGAAUAAAUAGAAACACAAUAUCCUGUUUAAAUCA